GGCGGCGCGGGGCGGCAUGGCGGGCGCGCUGGGCGUGGGGCCGGGGGUGCUGGCGCUGCUGCUGCUCUGGGCCAUGGCGCUGCUGCUCGUGGUGGGGCUGGGCCGCGCCGGCCGCGCCCGGGUCGCCGCGGUGCCGGUGCUGCUCGGGGCCGCCGCGCUGACGGCCGCGCUGCUGCUGUUCCCCCGGGAGGGCGAGAGCCCGGCCGCGGCCGGCGCUGAGGAGAUUGUGGACACCUUCCUCAUUGGCCGCUUCAUCCUCCUGGCUGUGACGAGCCUGGUUUUCCUCGGGUGCCUGUUCCUGUUCCUGAUUUACCACCUCAUGGAGCCUGUGUAUGCCAAACCGCUCCACAGCAGCUAGAGACAGCGAUCUCUGCACAGAGGACAUCCUGCCUGCAUGGCAAUAAAUGAGAGGAGACACCAAGAGGCUGUUCUGGAGGGUGACCACGAUGCUCAUUGUGAGCUCAGAGAGAGCCAGCAAAGCAAGUGAAGCCUUUGCUUCAUCUUAAAAAGCAAAGCUUGGUCUGAGCAUGAGCCAAUUCCUCCCCAGGGAGUUCAAGUCUCUGCACCUGCAAAGGUGAGGGGACCUCUGGAUGCUGCUCUGGUUUACAGAGAGCUGAGAUCCAGCACUUGGUGCUGCUCCUGACUCAGUGCACUGAACUGAACUGAGGUGGUUUGUUAUUGUUACCCACAAGAGACAGUUUGUUACUGCUGCUUUUUUACUGUGGUUUAAUAAAACUCUUUGAGAAA